UCAGAGAAUUAACCCAGAUUUCCCUUUUAUCUCCGUCGGUCUGGACUUCGCCGGUCCUUUUCAAAUAUUAAACCGUAAAGGUCGUGGCAGUAAACUCAUAAAAUGUUACCUUUGCUUAUUUGUCUGCUUACGUUUCAAAUGCGUCCACUUAGAGGCCGUAAGUGAUUUGUCCAAAAAUGCAUUUAUAAUGACGCUUAGAAGGUUUAUUGCACGAAGAGGUAAGCCAGCGGAAAUAUUUUGCGAUAAUGGUAGAAAUUUUGUCGCCGCUGCCAAAGAGUUAGGGCAAUUUUUAAAAACCAAUCAGGAGUCUCUGUCUGACUUUGCCACUCAAGAAACUAUUAAAUUUGUAUUCUCACCAAGUCGAGCGCCACAUUUCGGCGGGAUCUGGGAAAGUGGCAUUAAGUCCGCUAAACACCAUUUAAAACGUGUCAUGGGCAACAGUCAUGUCACAUUCGAAGAACUUUUAACUUUGUUUACGCAAGUGGAGGCGAUACUUAACAGUCGCCCUUUAUGUCCCAUGUCAUCAUCCCCUGACGAUCUCCUCUCCCUCUCCCCAGGACACUUCCUAAUCGGAAGACCUUUGACUGCGCCGCCGACACAGGCAUUUGACAACCACAACGAGAACACCCUGCAACGAUAUGAACGCAUAGAAAAAAUGUAUCAGCAUUUUUGGCAAAGAUGGCAGAGGGAAUACAUUUCGGAAAUACAACAGCGAACCAAAUGGAGAACCAACAAGGCCAAGCUGAACGUCGGUGAUUUGGUUCUCAUCCAUGAAGACCACGUGCCUCCGCUGUGUUGGAGGCUUGGGCGAGUGACGCGUUUGUUCCCGGGUCCAGACGGCGUAUCCAGGGUCGCGGACUUGUCCACCACCAGAGGCUGCGUACGGCGGCCACUUGUGCGCCUCUGUCCUCUACCAACUGCUGAAGAUCUUCAAGGUUGAAAGAGCUUCCUUUCAACGAGGCGGGAGGAUGUUGCCGCGCAAGGCAAUUUAGUUCAUAUAUUUUUUUAUAGUAGUACCUAAUUGUAGAAUAAUUGUAGUAUAUCUAAUAUUAAUUAAUUAGUUGUUAUCUGUAGUUUGCAUUAUUUCUUGUAAAAUUAUUAUCUGUAGUUCCUUUGUAGAAUUUCAUUGUCUUUUGCAUAGUCUUGUAUUAUCUAUAACUUUUUCCGGCCCUUCCUAAUUCAACUUCUCACGCUGUCACAUCGUAUUAAGAGCAAAAAUUAAAUGUAAAAAUUA